GUCUAGCGUAAACGGUUUCAUUCAUAAAUACGAUCCGGUGUGAAGUUCAUUCAGAGUUUGCCGAGUCGAGGAUCAAUGCUGGUGUGUAGAUGAUUUUAGCAACGAUACUAUUAAGCUCUCCGUAGUCGGACAGUGUUAACACAUCAUAGGGAUAUUGGACAUACGUUUUACACGGACGGUGUUAUUAGUAAACAAUGAUUAUGGACGGUUUGGACACACUGUCACAGGUAGCCCUAGCAGACCAGAUGAGUCUAGCAAACCUGUGUUUUGACACUUCAGCAUUCGGAGGGAGUCGACUUCCCUCGGAAUCAUUUGAUGACUGUCUCAACACACCUGUUACCAGUAGUUCGGAUGUUACAUUCUUUGGAUGUGAUCCAUUGGGCCCCGUACCAAUCACAGCUACCGCUAACAUCGAAGCACAGAUCACCAUACCGGAGAAGGAUGGCGUUUUUGCUAGAAGUCAGAUACCACUACAGCAGGAUGACCAGGCAAAUUUCUCUAAUCUCACCCACCGAAUCCAGUACAAGGGUACACUGGUCACAACAUCGGUUACGCCUACAUCCAGCAGUAGUGACGCCCUGCCCCAGGGGAUAACGCCCAGCAUCUUCACGCCGCUGUCCCCACUCUUCAGUAUUCUGACGCAGGCUACACAGGGGAUUCAGGCCCAGGUAGGGACCGGAAUACCACAGGGAACUGGACAAGAUUACUCAUUCAUCUCCAAUGCUCAAUGCCAACAUGGCUCGUUUAGCCCGACCCCUUCAACCACUUCCCACCACUCACACGCCGAGUCCCCAACACCGGCCGACCUGAUGAUGGAUCAAACUGACACAUAUUCGACAGGUUUCGGAUCCCCCGUUAGCUCCAACCAGAGUUCACCCGAACACCAAAUGUGCGAAUCUCUCGCCGCCGUCGACACGUCCAGUCUGAACUUCUCGACACCGCCACCACCGCCUUACUCAUCUCGCCCGGCGAUGACAUCUUAUAAUAAUAUACCAAUGAAACAACAGCCGGUGUUUAACUCUUGUGCACAGCAACUCAACUACCCUGUGACGUCAUCGAUGUCGGUAAAUGUUCCUCAAAGCAUCCCACAAACCGUACUGCAUUUUACAGAGGACCUCAAUUCAAAAGACAUUAAUAUGAAUGCCGAAUUCAAAUGGACGGUUCAAAAUUCUCCCCAACAACAGCAACAACAACAGCAACAACAACAAAUGAACACAAAUCAACCACAGACUCAGUUGCCUGACUUUUCUGCACUUGGUCAGGUAUCAUCACACGGUGUUACCGGCUUCACCCAAACCGGGUUCCAACAAGUGCCCAUCAAAUCUGAGCCAUUAUCAGACUUGCCAAGUGACUUUAUGAUGACACCUACACAAACAGACUUUGCUUCUCCUUCAGCUUCGGUGUCCCCUACUCCAUCUUUACCCGCUGUGCUCAACACGCCAUACCAACAGGGGGCGCUGAAGUUGAUUCCCCUUAAGCCAAGAAAGUACCCCAACCGGCCUAGUAAAACACCUCCUCAUGAGAGACCAUAUGCUUGCCCAGUCGAGAACUGCGACAGGAGAUUCUCGCGAAGCGAUGAACUCACGCGCCACAUACGCAUUCACACCGGACAGAAGCCUUUUCACUGCCGGAUAUGCAUGCGAUCGUUCAGUCGAAGUGACCAUUUGACUACACACGUGCGCACGCAUACCGGAGAAAAGCCGUUUUCAUGUGAUGUUUGUGGACGCAAAUUUGCAAGAAGUGACGAAAAGAAACGUCACGCUAAAGUACAUUUGAAACAAAAGAUGAAGAAAGAGGCUAAGAUUAUAGCUACUACAUCAUCUCUGCCAACGUCUUCAGGUGCUAUGACGGAAGGUCUCGUAUCGAACUGUACUAGCGGGCCUAGUACGUCACUUCCGCUCAUAGUGACAACAUCCUCGUUAUAAACAGUUAAUUCAAACGAGACUGUUGACAUUUUGUGAUCCAAAGACUUACAAACAUUCAUUCAUCAGAUCAUUCAUUCAAACACGCUACGAAACACAUGGAAUAUAUAAAUUCCAAAGAGACGAACAAUAUCAAUGUAACUCAGAUGUCUUAUGCUCAAUUAUGGAGUUAAACUUUAACUCAAUUUUUAAAAUGUGUGUUGAUCAGCAUCAGGGAAUCCGGUGAAAAUUGUUAUAUAGAUCAAAUGCUUUAAUUUUGUUGUCUUUCCUUGGUCCGGAUUGCGAUAUAUACCGAGUAUAUAUUACUUAUAUAUAGUAUAUAUCCUUGUGAUGAUACACUGUGGGUGUAAGACUACAGAAGUGUACGACCUAAGAAAUUAUGUUAAAAGAUUUUUUCAGGCCUUAAUGUUUUGUUACAUGUAUAUAUAUGUAACUCUCUUAAACGGUCUUUAUAAAAAGGUCCAUGACGCAAAAAAUGGCACAAAAAUCUAUCUAACACAAUUUCUAGUCUUGGUCGUGUCACUUAUUGGUGCUAGAUCCAUGGCGUGCAAUGAUCAGAGUUAUAUAGAUUGCUUUAAAGUCAAUUGUUUCAGUUGCAAAUUAUUACCAGUUUAAAAAAAAUAAUUGUAAAGUUUAAUGUCUCUAAAUUAUUGAUAAUUAAGAGAAAAAAACUUGAAGUUUCCUUUCUUGUUGUUGUUUAAAUAUUGUUAUUGAUUUUUAAUCAUUCAUUUUCCAUUCGAGCACGUUCGUCAUAUUCAUGUUAUCAUUAUUCAUCCACAGUAUUUCAUUUGUUUCAUCUAAUUUUGAGUUUGUCAUUGGCAGCAGUUUGUUUUUGUGUAUUAGUGCUUAAAAUAUAUGUUAAUUAAUAUAUAAUGAUGUUAGAUCUGAAAUAUUCCCCAAAACUUAUGAAGCAAAUUUUAUUAUAUCUUCCCGCUGAGAGCGAUUAUAUAGAUGAUAUUUCUCUAUGUGCCCCUUCUACUUUAAAAGAUGAAGAGGCAAAAGGAUUCCGAAUGGCUUAACCCCAGGCAAUAUAUAAGGGGUUUCCGAAUGUAUGUGAUUCUGAAAGUGCUACGUUGAACUGAAAUAUAUGAGAAGCAUAUUCAAAGUUAAAGCAUAACUUAUUUUUCUACCUUCGUAUUUAACUACUAUUACCUAAUGUGUCUGUUGAUGUAAUAGGUCGGUUUAAGAAACCAAAAACGAUUUAUCUAGUUUUCGUUUUUCCCUUUUUCAGCUUGAACUAUUUCUAUCCCAACGUUGAGCGUUUUUAUCUAUUUAAAUCUUUUAAUUGAUUAAUUAAUGAGUCCUUUAAUGGAUGGUUAUUAUAUGUUUUAUUAUUCUUUCAAUAUUUUAAAUAUUGUGUGUUCGAGUCUUUAAUUUGUUAAAACUUGGGAGGUGCGUUGUUACUCUGUUGUUCCCUUCCCAGGCCCGUUGUCAGUGUUGUGAAAAUAAUCGUUCAAAUUGUUACUAUGGUUACUGUAUGAUGCACGUUACUUAAUAAUGUGAGUGGUUGAAUUUUGUUCAACGUUUUCCCUGUUAGUAUUACAUAUUAUUGGAGUCUCAUCCCGUUAUAAUAUUGCCUUCUAUAAAAUAUCACAAAAUAGCUAUAUAUUUUCAAAUAUGUUGUCCUUCUGAAAGGGUUAAUCUUGCUGGUUAAGAAUACAUGUAUGGCAUAAUUUGCCAAGUAUGGAUGUUCGGAGGUGAAAUAAAAUUGAAAAAAACUUGA